AUGUCAGGUGGUCAACAGAUAUUAAGGAUAAGUCAAGCACUUGAAAAACAGCUUGUUAAAAAGACAUAUAACCUCUCAACAUCAUUUGUUAAAGAGUUUAACAAUCGAUCGGGAUUUGUACCAUUUGAAAACCAAGAUGCUAGUCUACGUGGAUGUGCACUCAUCGACCAUCAUGUAGAACCACCCAUUCGAAUCGUUUCCUAUGACACUCAAAUAUUCGAUCACAGCUAUAUCAAACGAUCGAUUGACGAUGCACUCUCCUAUCGUCAACAACUCUCCAAGAAUGGUCUACUUGAUAUAUCAAAGAACGCUGCCUACAGACUCAUCAAUGAAACCGGUGAUGGUCUACCUGGUCUUGCUGUUGAUGUAUUUGGUGAUUAUAUUCAAAUGACUACACAUACAGAACAUUGGUGCAAUUAUUUAAAUUAUAUUGGUGAUUAUAUAAUGAAAGAGAUGGGUUUAAAAGGUGCCUAUUGGAAGGCAAAGUUUAAACAUAAACAAUCGUUUGCAAAACAUUAUAUGGGUGAAAGAGUUGGGUAUGACAGUCAAGGUGUGUCAGAGUUGCGGGUCGAGGAGAAUGGUAUGAAGGUGAUUAUCGAUUUGGAGGAUGUUAUAUCGACUGGUUUGUUUAUGGAUCAGAGAGACAAUAGAAAAUACCUAGCUACUCUGUUUAAAGAACGUCCAUCUGGAACUAUUCUCAACACGUUUGCACACACCUCUACCUUUUCACUACUACCAUCGCUGUUGUGCAGGAAUAUAAGUACAUACAAUAUCGAUACAUCUCCGAAAUACCUCAACAUUGCAAAAAAGAAUUUUGAAAUCAAUGGUCUCAAUCCCGAUAAACAUCGGUUCGUUGAAAAGGAUGUGUUUGGACGACUCGAAGAACUUCCACAUAAAUCACUAAACUUUGAUGUCAUUGUACUCGAUCCUCCUACAUUGGCUCGUGGCCCAAAGUUUGGAGUAUUUACCACCAAAAAUAGAUAUCGUGAUUUGUUGGAUCUUGCCAUUCCAUGUCUUAAAAAGGGUGGUUUCAUUGUUAGCUUUGUCAAUACUCGUCUAUUAAAAGAAGAUAGUUGGUUAAGACAAUUAGGUGUUGUAGAUCAUAUGGCUGAUCAACAACAACAGCAACAACAACAGGUUAACAAAAACAAAGAAUCAUUGUCGUCGUCAAUAGCAGAAGAAGAAGAAGAGGAUUUAAAUCUUCUUCAAGAAUAUAAAGAUUUAAAUAUUAAAGAGGCAAAGUUUUCAGCAGCAAGUAAAAUGAAUGGAAAUGAUUUAAACCGUUACAAUCAUUGGAACAAUCACCAGAUUUUAGAUUCAAACUUGGUGAUGAACGUGUUGGUAAACAUCUCAAAGGAAUUGUAUUAA